CCAACCUAAACACUUGUACACCACCCCAAAAAAUGAAACUUCAAAUAAUCUCAAGAGAAACAAUUAGGCCUUCCUCUCCAACCCCUCCUCACCUCCGAUGUUACAAGCUCUCACUGUUAGAUCAGCUAGCCCCUCCUUUAUAUAUGCCCAUGGUUCUUUUCUUCCACCCCAAUGGGGGCUCUGACAGUGACAACACUUCCAAUCCUGCUCACAAAUCUAGCCAACUCAAGAAGUCCUUGUCUGAAAUGCUGACUCAAUACUACCCAUUCGCUGGAAGGCUAACAAACACAACCUUCAUCAAUUGUAAUGACGAGGGAGUCGACUUUUUGGAUGUUCGGAUGGAAUGCCAAUUAUCCGAAAUUCUAAAAGAAUCUGAGUGUACUGGAACCCUAAAUCUACUCUUCCCGAGUGGUUUCCUGUGGAAGAAAGAUUCGUGCAAUGAUAGUCUACUGACCAUACAGGUAAGUUUCUUUGAUUGUGGUGGGAUGGCCAUCAGUUUGUGCACAUCGCACAAGAUUGCCGAUGGAAGUUCCAUAACCACCUUUCUCGGUGACUGGGCUGCCAUGACGAUGACGAUGACGACGCACCAAUCAAAUGUUUCACCUUAUUUCAUUGGAAAUUCUAUUCUUCCAGUACUAAAUGUACCCCCUUUUAUUGUACCUGAAAUUAAGCUUGAUCAGCAAAGUAAGUGUGUCACAAGGAGGUAUGUGUUUGUUGACUUAAAGAUUAAAAACCUCCAGGCUAUGGUAUUGGCUGGCGAUUCAAAAGGAGUAGUGCAAAAUCCGUCUCGAGUUGAAGUGGUGUCUGCGCUACUUUAUAAGUGUGCCAUGGCUGCAACUAGGUUAAAGUGGGCAUAUUCAAGGCAACCAGUUUGGAUCCAUUUGGUGAACAUGCGCCCGAGAAUGGUCCCUCCAUUGCCUACAAAUUUUGUAGGAAAUUUUUCUUGGUAUUUUACAAUAUCAUGCCAGAAGGAGAGUGGUCAUAUCAAGUUACAUGAACUUGUGUGUCAACUAAGAAACGAGAUAACACAACUCACCAAUCUGAAAUUGAAUGAUUGGUUGAUAGACAUACUUGAAUCUACAAACGAUGUAAAAACCCUAUUUGAUGAUCUCGAAGUUUUCAGGUGUAGUAGCUUUUGCAGGUUCCCAUUAUACCAGGUGGAUUUUGGAUGGGGAAAGCCUAUAUGGGUCUGCAUGCCUGCUGGUGUUGUGAAGAAUACAUUUGUCUUAUUCGAUACUCCGGCAGGAGAUGGAAUAGAAGCAAUGGUUACUUUGGAAGAACAAGACUUGGCCAUAUUUGAACGUGAUGAAGAGUUCCUCGCGUUUGCUUCGUUGAAUCCAAUUGUUUCUGCUUAGAGAUCUUUAAAAAAGAGAAUUAGAAACGAGGAAGAAAUA